AUGGCGGAUCGAGCAUCAGAUUCAAGUUAUGAUGGCAAAGUCGAAGAAGCAAGUGUCGCUAUGAAAAUGGAUGCAAAAUCUAUGAACCAGCUCUCCUCUUCCGGGAAGGCCGCGCAGCAAAAGAGAAGUGGAAAGGCAAUUGCAAGUCUCCAGGCUGCAGCAGAGCAAUUGAAAAGGGACGAAAACAAUAGCCAGGGACAAAGUCAAAAUCAACCAAGAUAA